CCUCCCCCGCUGGCAUCCAUCGCUUGAGGCUCGCUGGCUCAUGGGGCCAUGCGGAAAUAAAGACUGGGAAGGCGGUGGGCCUUCUGAUGGCGCGGCUCGAGCCGUGAGUUCCGCCGAAGUGGCGCCUACGCCACCCUCAGCAAGACGACCGGUGCUGGAAUGCACCCGAGCAGACUGCCGCUGGUACACAUCCCACUACUGCGAAGAAAACUCUUUGCGCCUGUGUAACCACCUCCUCGGUAGGGCCGAGUCUGCCGGCGUACAGCUCUCCGUCGUCUUCGUGUCAAACGCGGCCCGUCAAGUGCCGGUGUGGUUCCAGCGUCUUGCCGACAGACGUGACGAGCCAGUUCUGUGGGAUUACCACGUCAUUCUCUUGGCGCAGCAUCCACACGGCAACUGGGUGUACGACCUCGACUCGACGCUGGACUUUCCAAGCCCAGCAUCGCUCUACAUGACGCAGGCGUUCCGGAAACUAAUGAACAUCGACCAGCAAUAUAGGCAGAUGUUCCGGGUCGUUCCGGCACGGGAGUGCGUGGACCACUUUUCCUCGGACCGGUCGCACAUGAUGGAAGAGGGUGGAGGGUACAGCGCUCUGCCCCCAGGUUUUCCGCCGCUGCGGGGUCCGCGGGCGACGAGUAGCAACAACAUGAACGAGUGGAUAAACAUGGAUGCUACCACCGGCCGAGGGAGGGUGCUGAACCUUGAAGAAAUGGAGACCUUCGUAGCGCGUGGUCCUCAUCGUUUCACAUAGCCAGGGCGAAUCUUUAAGUGCUAGAGGAGGCAAGACUCAAGAGGCGGAGGGAUGCGGGUCUCAGCUUUUGGCCGGCUAGGCUGACCUGUGAGACGCUGCCCUUGCUGUUUUCGGUUUUGAAAAGCGCAAGAAGCAAAUUUCGAACUUGUCGGUUCCAACGGGUUACGAUUGUCUCGCUCGUACGAGGUGGUUUCGUCUAAUUGGGCAAGGUUGUAGAGGAACCGGUUUAACUAGUACCGCGCAGGCUCGACCGAUUCCUACCUGAAUGGACCGGGCCUGACCGCGUGAGAAUGUUUCUUUUUAUUACUUUCUUGCUGCAAUCCGCACCGCUGUCUAGUGGUCGGGCGGACCAAAAGAAACGACGAUACGGUGCCCGACGGCUUGCCAGGUGUAGGUUUUACUGGGUUCCCACUUGUUCCUUCUUUCCCGUGUCUUGUUUUUCACGGUUUCGUUUCCCAUUCGCCGUGUGCGUUUGCUUGCGGCUAGUGUUUGGCUUCGUUGGCGAGGUCACAGCAACGAGCUGCCACUUCGGUUGAUUUUCGUCCUGCACUGAUUGGUGCACAAGACGGAAUUUUGCGUUAUCUCGGCCGAGAUGAUUUGGCUUGUCGCUGGUACGGGCGUGGGGGCCUUGUUGAAGCGUCGGGUGUACUGACUGUAUGCAUCAAUUUGUCUUCGAGUGUGGUGCUUGGAUCAAGCGGCUUUUGUUAAGGUCUGAAGGACUGGAAAGGGUAUAUUCGGCGUCUGCGUUUUUUUUUCGCCUUCAUCUCUACGCUCGUGCGUGAAUAUUGUGCCCACCAGGGUUUUCGUUUUCGUUGGGGCUAGCCGUAACCUAGAUUUUGACAGGUGUGUGCUCAAAGAUCGGUUCACCCCCGAUUUGAUUGUUAGGUAGGUACGUUGGUGAAGUUUUGUUCGAUGGUUUUUGGGAGUCCUGCGGUGGACGAAUUACACGAGGGGGGGCAAGGUGAGGGGGGCGAGUGCGCCCUCCCCCUCCACCCCCCAUUAUAACUGCUGUUGUGUAUUUAUCCUGGGGCGUUUGCUGUUUACACCGCCGAUUGAGCUGAAGGUGCCAUCAUUUUGCUGAAUGCGGGGGUCACCCUUCAUUUGUUAGUUCUCUUAAUCGCGUAGAGCGUGUUAUCCGCUGAGGGGCUAACUUUCUUGUGCUAGCUGUUUGCAGUCAUGCUGCGUGUAAAGGAUGAAUCGAAGUGUUCCGGGUCCUCUUUUUCUCUCUUCAUGUGGGCACCACUAUCCUGUGGUCCACGACGGGCAACACGAUGGGAACAAAGUAGAAAGUAGUACGAGUGAGUGCUGCCACAUACAGUACGACUCGAUCGACCGGUGAAAAUACAAAGUCUUUUGAUGUGCGAAUACGACAAGCUGUAGGUCAGGAGAGGAACAACUUUGACUUUUCUUUGCACAUCACUCACUCGAAGUGUGACUCCCACCGCAAAAGCCUCUCCCAUUCAUUGCGUUCGGAGUAUUAGCCGGCAUUUGGAUCCCGGCCGCCGUGGCACUACAUACACAGGGAAGGCUGUAACGAAUUCGGGCAAAGUCGUUCCUCCACUUGACCCUCGCGGCUGACACAUCCUCUUUUGCUCUGAUCAGCUGAUUGCCCAUAUCCAGGUGGGUACUUUUUGUCCGCACGCGUGCGUGCGUGUGCGUGUUGUAUCCUUCGUCGUAGAUACUCCAUACAUGUCCAUACCACUUACUGGUACGUGAUGCCUGGUGCUGGUACGUUACCCUGUGGUUUUUUAGGCGGGUGUGGGAAGCGUCCUCCUAUAUUUUUGUGUUUUAUUUUGAUCGGUUUCCGAGGGCUCUUUUCUCGACCGGUCGGUGCGGUAGCUGUUCCUUUCUUUCGACCAUUCUGUUUUCUUUUUCCGAAUGGUUUGUACCCUAUUUUUGUUAUUGUUUCCCCGCGGCGUCGCAUGUGUCGGGUUUUGAAACCACGGGCUCCCCAUUUUUUGUGGACUACAGAGCUAAUGUGAGAAACAACAACGUACAAAACGCUCAUCUCUCAUCGACACCUUUUACCGUAGGAUGCAUCCCAAAACCCAAUCCAUCCGUAGUAAAAUCCACAAUGUUAGGGCUCACAACCCAAAGUUCGACGACCACCUUCGACAGUGCAAACGUAGUCACGACAUGCACCAACUCAGGACGCAUCGAAACCAUGAACAUAAAAAAAAAAACAAAGAUCCCUAACCUUAACCCUAUCCAAACCAAAACGCAUCAUUCCCUCACUACCAAAAAAUCGCACCCCUUGCCUUCAUGUUCACGCAACUUGCAUGUACCCCGCUCAAGCCCACAUUCUUGUGCAUACGGAGAGUCAACUCAACGAAAUAAAGCUCCGACCAAACAUACUUGGCAUCUUGUCCGUACAGUGGCACCGCCAUACUUGGGUGCCCUUCCCCCCGGCGACACGGAAAACAACCUCUGCGUUGUGUGCAUCACGUCCAAGGUACGCACGAACUUAUCGAACUGCAGGCAUAUGACGCGUGGCACCGUGACAAAAGACAAGUGCCACCGCUUCACGAGAUAGACUGCCUUUAGACUAUUGCCGAACGUUAUGUACAAGCAACCUGCUCCCUCCGACUCCCACCAAACACCACACCACACCAAGUGCUAAGCCCGAGAACAUUGCCAGUAAUUUCGCGACCCAUGCGGAUGCUGAGCGUUGAUCCGUCCAUCUCGUCCAGAAAUGCGCCGAGCUCGGCAUCGUCGACAUGCACGUCUGCAACAGGUUAUCCUCCACGAUGAGAUUGUCGUCCCCG